AUGCGAGAUUUCAACGCGAAUCCAAAGUUGACUCUGUCAGCCAUUCUCAACACGCAGAUACUUUACAGAAUCGCCGUCGUGGUAUUUGCAUUAUAUCUAUCUUUCUACACUCUAUCAUUAUUUUCGGAUAUUGAGUUGGGUGCCCCAGUGUGGAAGCCUUACGGUUCAUCCCAGCCCAACGUACCUGUCGACAAGGAUCGCCGAUUUACUCUCGUCGUGCCUAUUACGGAUCCCGGCCCCAAUGUCUGCAAGACGAUUUUCACUGCGCUUGCCUUGGGCUAUCCGAGCCCUGUUAUUGUCAAUUGGGGAGUAGAUUACCAUGAUGUAUCGCAUUGGGAAUUUGGCAAGAAUCUACCCAAGAUCCCCGGGUUCGUACACUAUCUCGACUCCGUCAUGCACCCCAACGCUACAGAUCUGGAGAAGUUGGAGGAAGACGACCUGGUUCUCAUGGUGGAUGCUCGUGAUGUCUGGUUUCAGUUGCCAGCCGAGGUCCUUCUCAGUCGCUACCAUGAGGUCAACAAACGGGCCAACGAAAGGCUACGCAAGCAAUGGACCGGAUCAGGCCCGAUGCCGAUGAAGCAGACUAUUGUAGCCGCUGCCGAAAAGAAAUGCUACCCAGAUGAUCCAGAACUAUUCGGCAUUGAUUUACGGUGCAACAUGUGGCCAGAAAGUCCACUGAAACCAGAUUUAUACGGACCAAAUACCGAGAAGAAUGCUUCCGAUUUCUACUAUAACAGACCACGAUGGAUUAAUGGGGGUAUGUACCUUGGUCCAGCAGGUGACAUGAGGAGGCUUUUCCGUCGCGCGAUGGAAGAUAUGGAGGCAGGUAUCGGUCAGGGUUUCCCUCUCCGAAGCGAGCAGGGUCAGUUGGGCAACGUGGUCGGGAAACAAGAAGUCUGGAGACAAUGGCAAAGGAAGAAUCGGAUCAACAAUGACGACUUACGAGGCUUGGUCGACCAGAACCUCGAAUACCACUUCGGACUCGACUACUCUCAGGAGAUAGUGGCCCAAGUCAAGUUCACAGCUAUCAACCGAUCACUUGAUCUUUACGACGCCGACUUUGUCCCGUUGGGCGAUAAGGAGUCUAUUGAACGGCAUACCAUGGCUCUUGGAUUAUCACCAGUCCGACUGCAUGGUGUACCUGACGAUCUCAACAAGUCACGGUACCCACUAGAAGAAUUCGACAAGUCUGCAACCUGGAGUAAUAUUCCUCUCUAUGCCGACUUCGCUAUUGGGCAAGUGCCUGCGAUAGUGCACCACAAUGGUUACAAAGGCCGACGCCAAACAUGGUGGCACAAACCGUGGUAUCAUCAACGACUGAGACAACUCGUAAAGCCUCGACUGAAACCAUAUCCCAUCGAUCAGCCCCUGGCAACGGUCCAGGAUGGUGCCGACCAAUUCAGAUACUGGGGAGCAUUGGCUGAAGCGAGAGACAGAUAUCCUCGAAAGGCCAAUGCCACGGCUGAUGGUAGGUUCGACAAGAUGGAGUUUGAAGAGCUUUGUCGGUGGAAUGAGAAGCCUCUGAAAGAUGCAAGAGAAACUUGGUGGGAAGAAGUGUUUCGAGAUGGUAAAGGGCCGUUUAAGUAG